UCCGCACAGUUGCAUGCUUGGAAUUCUAGCUGCCGACUUUCGUGUGCAAGGACCUCAUCGUUUUCGAGACUGGAGAGGAAGGAGCAGAACUGACUACCAGAGUGAACAGACACCUCAACACGAAGCUCGGCAGCUAACUUUAUUUUAAAGGAGACAGCGGGCUGUUUUCCCCCAGCGACAACAACAACAGCCCAGGGUUGUCAAACAACAAGCAUCAUUCAGUGUCAGCCAGAGGUAGCAGCUGGAGCUCACAGUCGUCUCGUCCCUGCUUCUUUGGAGUCUGGUGUUCCUGCUUCAGCCACAAGAUAGCCUCUAAGCCAACAUACGGGGUCAACAAUGUCUGUGGACCCCCUGCCUGAAGGCCGAAUCUACAUUCAUCAUUUGGUGUUAGAAAUCUUGAAACCACAAGACCUUCCCAAAACCCCCUGACUAUUGGUGUCUUUGGGCAUCAGCUUCUGUGUUGAUCCACUUCCUGGCAUCUGCCGUUGUUCAGUCACUUUCUCACAUCUUAGCAGAGACAGGAUGCUCUAGUGGUUAGGGAGACUUCUUCAACUGUAUGGGUAUUGCACAAGCACAGGCCCUGCUGGGGUUUAUUUGACUGAGACACUGAAUCCACACCGGCUCUAGGAAUGCCUUGUAGCGGACGUUAGCCUCUGACUUCUGUGGAUAAGGACAACAGAGAAGAGAAUUUCCUUGCAGGAAUCAACAUACUGUCACAAUUUUUAUCAAAGAUAAAACCGUCAGCCACAGACCAGGCCUCCUUAGUGCCCCUCCCCUUCACCGCCCCCUGUAUCAUGCUGGGUGCACUCCUGCGGAGGAACAUGUCCCAGAAGCUGAGCGUGCUGCUGCUGGUAUUCGGCCUGGCAUGGGGUCUUAUGCUGCUGCGCUACACCGUGCAGCAGCCUCGACAUCAGAGCAGUGCUGAGCUGCGUGAGCAGAUCCUGGAGCUCAGUCGGCGAUAUGUUAAGGUCCUGACAGAGGAGAACCAGAACGCACCAGGUGGGCCACAGGGAACCUCCAUGGCUGGUUAUGCUGAUCUGAAGCGGACUAUAGCUGUGUUGCUGGAUGACAUCCUAACGCGGCUGGUCAAACUGGAGGGCAAAAUCGAAUUGGUGGUCAAUGCCUCCUCCACUAACACUUCCCACACAGCAGGGGGCGUCCUGGCCUCCAGCCAUCCAGGGACAUCCCGCCUUCACCCACACAUGCCUAAUAGGCCUCGACCACAUCAAGGAGCAUAGCUUUGAUAGAUGAAUAGAGUUUUUGUUUUUAGCACAUCACACUUUUCCAGCAUUUAUCACUGAUGUAACAUCAGACAAUUGGAAAGCAAUAGGGAGACACAUGGACAUCCAGAAACUUCAAAUUUGGGAUGCAUCUAAGAAGAGAGAGGACUUUUUCAUGCUCUGUCCUAUCAUAUGCUGAUAUUUAUUUUUUUUACCAAGACUAUCCAGUGCAUUUUUAUAUUUUCAUUGCUGAUUUUAUUCGGCUUACAUUUUAGCAUUUUUUAUAAUGCCACAUUUGAAUCUUGUGACUGUUUAAGUGAAAGCAAAGAGGUAUAAACUUUUGGAACUCAAAUUGAAUCUCAUACGCUUUAUCAUAAAACAUGGCUUAAAAUGUUUCUCUGUCUAAAUUGUAAAAAUAAUUACAAUACUGCUUCAACAUAUCAAAAUGCUGAACUAAACAGUACAGUCAUGAUAGUUAGGAAUAGCAACAUUUCAGUUUUUUGCUGGUGUGGUUGCUAAAUACAUAUGAAUAAGAUAAGACUGAAUAAGAUUUUAACCUACACGUGUAGUGAUUUUAAGGAUCAUUAAACUCUAUAGUUCACCUAUAAGAGAUAAUCCAAAGAAUGUUAUAUGCACUCCAUCUGAAGGAAGUAUAAAUGUAUACAGUUGCUGCGAAACAAUUUGGGGGUUAUGCAGAAUAUGAUGGAACGAUGUCUAUUUGCUACUGUAAACAUGAGCGUGUGUGUGAUUUGUCUCAGUUGUAAUCCAACAGUUCCCAUACCAGGUGUUGAGAGAUGUUUUUAAUGUAGAUGUGGAACAGAUUGAAUGUACUGUGUGGUCAGUAUUUAGCCCUGUAAUGCUGUUCAGAUGGCUGACCUACUGCUUACACAUGUUCAGGGUUCAUGUUGCACUGUGACUCUUGAGAUUUUCUAAAAAUACUGGGCUCAUCCAACUUUGACUUUAGGUAUGUUUUAGGCUUUGAAAUAUUCAUUCUUCCAGCCUGCCUGCUGAGUAUGGUUCCUAUAAUAUUUUGAAAUGCUGGCAAAAUACCUCAUCCUGUCCUGCCCAGAGGUAGAAAAUCUAUAAUUUGCUCAUCACAAUGCUCAUUUACAUGAUGACUUUGUCCUGCCAGAAAAAUAGGCAAUACUUUAAUCAAUAUUACUUGGGGAUGGUAUGAGACAAAGUCAAUGUGGAUGGAAAACUAAAACAUGAAAAAGAAUGUGAUUAAAAUGUAAACUAGUAGU